AUGAAGUGGGCGCACGGCUACCUGCUGCUGUGCAGCGCCACCUUCGCCGUGCUGUUCCGCGACCUUCUCCCUCUCCUGCCCUACGCCCGUCUGCCGGUCCCCACGGUGCCCGUCGUCCUGGCCUUCCUGGGCUACGUCGCCACGCUAGCCGUGCUGGGCGCCUUCCUGCCGGGCAAGACCUACGCCGGCGCCGUCCUGCCCGACGGCUCGCGCCUCACCUACAAGUGUAACGGCCUCCAGGUCGUGGGCGUCGUCGUCACGGCCCUGGCCGUCGCGCAUUGGAGCGCCUACUGGCGCGCCACCUGGGUCGUCCACCACUACGCACAGCUGCUGCUCGUCGCCAACGCAUUCGCCCUCGCCCUCUCCGUCUACCUCUGCGUCGCAGGCCGCCUUCGCAGGCCCAGGAACUGGCUCCGCUCCACCUCCCUCCUCGCUGACUUCGUCAUGGGCGCGGAGCUCAACCCCACCGUCCUUGCCAUCGACGUCAAGUUCUUCUCGUAUCGCCCCGCCAUGGCUGGUUGGCUCAUCGUCAAUUUGUCCUUUUUGGCAAAGCAGCUCGACCACCUCGGCUUCAUCACCAGCAGGAUGCUGCUGUACCAGCUCGUCACCGCCUGGUACAUCUGGGAUUACUUUGUGCACGAGCCGAAGAUCGUGUCGACGUGGGACAUUAUCGCCGAGCACUUUGGCCUCAUGCUGGUGUGGGGCGACUACGUCUUCAUCGUCUUUGCCUUCAGCGUGCAGAACUUCUUCCUGCUUGACGACACCCGUCCGCUCUCCUACCUUGAGGUCGCGCUAAUCGCCAUCACCUUCAGUCUGGGCUUUGCCGUUUUCCGCGGCGCCAAUUCCCAAAAACACCAGUUCAAGACCCAGCCCAAGACCCACAUCUGGGGGAAGCCGCCUAUCACCGUCGGCGACAGGCUGCUUGCGUCCGGCUUUUGGGGCAUAGCACGACACAUGAAUUACACGGGCGAUCUCAUGCUUGCCCUCUCCUUUUCACUUCCCUGUGGACGCGCCUCCCCGUUGGCCUACUUUUACUUUUUCUACCUUCUUUUGCUCACCGUGCACCGCGAAAUGAGAGACGAUCAGCGCUGCUCGCGCAAGUACAAGUCGCUCUGGGAUGAAUAUUGCUUGCAAGUGCCGUACCGCAUGGUGCCUUUUGUAUAUUAG